AUGCCAGUUUUCGAAUCGCCUGCCGUUUACGUCCAGAGCUCGCUCACGACGUUGGCUACCUACUUUAUCUCUCAUGCUUAUUUGAGAGAGCUUUUGGACGUCCAUAUAACGGAUGCCAACUUUCUUCCUCUUUCUGCGCCCAACAGGGCUUUCUACAUUAGAAGAGACAACGACAGAAGACAAGUUCUUGUCAAUGUCUUCAACGAGAACGGCGAGAAGGUGUACAUUUUCCAAAGAGAAAGUGCCUUAAAUCCUACCUGGUCUCUGCGCACUCUUCCCUCGUACAGAGAGAUUGCGACAAUCCGUUGUGGCUUUUUCUUGAAAUCGCUUGACUUCCACAACAAGCCAGGACUGCAGCACAGAGUGAUCAAUAGCGAGUCUGGCUUGAGCGGUAGACUGAGAACGUUCUACCUGAACGACGGCCACAAGUACGGAUGGACCAGAAACUCCAAGUUUUUGGAGAAGUUCACCAACCCGGGAGGCAACGACGAGGAAGUCAGAGAGAGAGUCGCCAAGGUGAGACUCAUGAGACAGAGAAAGUUCGACUACGAGCUGACUUUGGACGACACCAAAGUGGACCCGGAAGUCGCCAUGGCUACCGCGUUUGUGGCCAUGAUGACCUUCUGGGGUUUGGGUGACAUCACCGAGACCGUGGGUCCUACUCUUUUGGUGAAGAGUAAGGAGGAGAGCGCGCCGGCUGCUCCAGCCGUCGUGGAAUCUCCAAAAGUCGACGCCGUCAGAUCAGGACCAAACAUCACCUUGGUCAUGGACGCCGACAACGACGCGGACUUGAUAAUCGAAAAAGCAUAG